AUGGAGGACGAGCUGACGUUCAACAUCGUGCGCUCCAAGAAGCGCGUCAAAGAGCGCUGGACGGCGGAGGCCAAGGAGGCUCGCAAAAGUUGGCGAUGUUCCGUGGAAUCUCACACGUACGCAGAGAGCAAGGCUGCACAGGCACAGGCGGAACCGGCGGCGGCUCCCAAGAGGUCGAACGAUGUUUCUAUGAUACAGCUGCUGCGCGAGAUACCGCAGCGCGUCCCUUUCCGAGGCAAGCCAACCAAGCGGACUGUGUCGGUGGCGCUGCCAGUAUCGCUGGUGUACAACAUCCUGACCGACGAGCUACGGGCGUACGUCAUUGGCCACAUAGCUCGCGCCGUCACCAUCUAUGGCGUCCACGAGGUGGUGCUCUACAACGACCUGGGACCAGAAGGAGUCGAAUGGCAGGAGUACUUCGCUCUUAAUAUGCGAUACCUCGAGACGCCGCAGUACCUGAGGAAAUACAUGUUCCCAAUUACGGAUCACCUGCGCCACGCCGGCCUGCAGAACCCGCUGGACGCGCCGCACCACCUCCGGACGAACGAGUGGCUGCCGUACAGGGAGGGCGUCGUCAAGUUAGAGCCCAAGGGCAUGGCAAGGCAUGCUAGCUCAUUGAGCAUGUACGCAGAGUGCAGCCUUUUCGGCCGCAUAAAGGUCACAAACCCCGAUGCGCUCCUGGAAAUAUACGGCGUGGAGUGGUUCAGUCUGGAGGACACCGACGAGGAGGAGGUGUACCAGCGAGUCACAAUCCUCCUGGACACAAGCUCCAUGAGCGAGUGCAAACGGCGCUGGAAGGAGCAGAAGGCGGGCACUUCAGUUUCAUCGGGCACCGAGCUGUCGGGCAAGAUAGUGCCGCCAGACGAGCCGCAGAGCUCCGCAGGGCUCUACUGGGGCUACGUUGUACGGGAGGCGGAGGACUAUGCAGCGGUGUUCGCAGGCUGCCCGUUCAACGAGAGCGGCACGUACGACUACAAAAUGGGCACCAGCGAACGCGGCGACGUGUACCCCAAAGAGGUGCGCGUGCCGAACUUCCAGCACAUGCUCAUGGUGCUGGGGCCGGUUAGUGGACUCGAGAGCAUCACGGAGAACCCACAGGCGGACGUUGACGCCUACGUCAACUUCUGCUACAACCAGCGCUCCCGCACGAUACGGACGGAGGAGGCGCUUACCAUUUGCCUAUCGCAGUUCUUCGCGCACUACUCACUGUGA